UAAGGCCUGGUUGGAAAUCUGUUUCUUAAUUUCUGCUUUUUGGCCAGGGGUUGACUGUAUCUCCUUCCCACAGUAGCAAUGCCUGUGGAUUUCAGUGGAACCUGGAACCUUGUCAGUAAUGACAACUUUGAAGGCUACAUGACAGCUUUAGGUAUUGACUUUGCAACACGUAAGAUAGCAAAAAUGCUGAAGCCUCAGAAAGUGAUCAAACAGGAUGGUGAUUCCUUUUCCAUCCAUACCACGAGCACGUUCAGAGACUACAUGCUCCAAUUUAAAAUCGGUGAAGAGUUUGAAGAAGACAAUAAAGGCCUGGAUAACAGAAAAUGCAAGAGCCUGGUUACCUGGGACAAUGACAAACUUAUCUGUGUCCAGGCUGGGGAGAAGAAGAACAGGGGCUGGACUCACUGGCUUGAAGGAGAUGACCUCCAUUUGGAGCUUCGUUGUGAGAAUCAAGUAUGUAAGCAAGUGUUCAAGAGAGCUUAAAUAUCAGCAUUGGUUCCAACACGGAAAGACAGCUCUAUACAGGAGGCCAUGUGAUAACUGGAAACGCAAAACCUGACUUCUUUCUACCUAAAUGGCUGAUGUUUCUGGCUCAGGAAAUAUUAUUUGUUGUUAGCAGUGUUAAAGACCCGAUUUUUGCUAAUAAACACAACAAACCAUCUUAAAUACCUGUCUUAUGAAUGAGUUUUGGAGGGGGGAAAAAUCCCAAAUCAUAAGCAAUAAGAUGCUCUGUAAUUAACUAGUCACCCAGAUCACAGCAAGGACCAUUUCCCCUUCCCUAAGGGUAUAGCAAGAUCAAACAAAACAGGAAGGACAGCUUAAACCUGUGUGACUCCAGGAAUGGUAAAGUUAAGAUUACAACCAAGGAUGUAACUUUACUAUUUCAGUAAAUAGUAAAAUGUCAGUAUGUGAAAUAAUUGGAUGCUAUCAGCACAUACAAAGAAUAAAAAUAAUGCUGCUAAG